AUGUUCGGAUCCCGUGGGAAUGUCGAUGUCGAAAAGGCGCCUCAUGUCGAUAAUGCCUAUGAGAGCAACAGCAACGAUACCCCGUACGAAAAUGUCCACGACAAUGCUAGCGACGGCGCCGUACCGGGCGAGAGCUUCGAAUAUGGAGAUUCCAUGUAUGCGAAGAUUCAGCGAUUCGCCGGAAAGUUCAACGUCGAACAACGUGGUGUCGAACGUGUGCCGGAGAACGAGCGGACGGAUACUUCCUACCUGAACAUUGGUAGCAUGUGGUUUGCUGCCAACAUGGUCGUCAGUUCCUUCGCCAUUGGUGUUCUGGCCAAGACCACUUUCUACCUGGGCUUUGUGGAUGCCAUCUUGGUGUGUCUGUUCUUCAACUUGCUCGGUGUUCUGUCCGUGUGCUUCUUCUCCUGUUUCGGUCCUGCCUUUGGUUUGCGCCAAAUGGUUCUGUCCCGUUUCUGGUUUGGAUGGUGGCCUGUGAAAUUCAUCGCCAUCCUCAACGUUAUCGCCUGUGUCGGUUGGUCUGCUUCCAACGCCAUUGUCGGCGCACAGCUCCUCAACGCCGUCAACGGAGUCCUUCCCGGUUGGGCUGGUAUCCUCAUCAUUACCUUCUGCACCCUCUUCAUCACUUUCGCCGGUUACAAGGUCGUCCACAUCUACGAAUACUGGAGCUGGAUCCCCACCUGCAUUGUGUUCUUCAUUGUGUUGGGCUGCUUCGCUCACUCGGGUGACUUCAUCAACAUCCCCAUGGGCGUCGGAACCUCCGAGUUGGGUGACUGUCUCUCCUUCGGAUCGACCAUCUACGGUUUUGCCACUGGUUGGACUAGUUACGCCGCAGACUACACUGUCUACCAGCCCUCCGACCGCAGCCGUCGCAAGGUCUUUUUGUCCACCUGGCUCGGUCUGAUCGUCCCACUGAUCUUCACCGAGUUCCUCGGUAUUGCCGUUAUCACUGCCACCGAACUCAACGGCGGAGUCAACAAGUACCAGACUGGUUACACAGCUUCUGGAAACGGCGGUUUGAUCGCGGCCGUCCUUGAGCCCCUUGGUGGAUUCGGAAAGUUCUGCCUCGUCAUCUUGGCCCUCUCCAUUAUCGCAAACAACUGCCCCAACAUCUACUCCGUCUCUUUGACCCUGCAAGUCCUGAGCCGCUACACCCAGAGAGUCCCCCGUUUCGUGUGGACCUUCCUCGCCUCGUGUGUCUCUCUGGCUAUCGCCAUCCCCGGUUACUCUCACUUCGAAACCGUCCUGGAGAACUUCAUGAACUUCAUCGCCUAUUGGCUGGCUAUUUACACCGGUAUCAGUGUUGCGGAUCACUUCGUCUUCAAGCGCGGUUUCGGCGGCUACCGUGCGGAGAUCUAUGAUAAGCGCGAGAAGCUUCCCCACGGUAUCGCUGCUACUAUUGCUUUCUGCUUUGGUAUUGCCGGUAUGAUUACGGGUAUGAGUCAGACUUGGUUCGUCGGUCCUAUUGCCAAGCACGCUGGUGCUUUGCCUUAUGGUGGUGAUUGUGGAUUCGAAUUGGGCUUUGCCUUUUCGUUUACCGUUUACUGUGCGCUGCGACCCUUCGAGCUCAAGUAUUUCGGUAGGUAG